AUGGCCUCUCAAGCCGCUUAUCCACCAUGCGCGACCACAAACGAGUUCAGUGAGAUGAGCGAGGAUGACGGUCGAAGAGAAGACGUCCCUCCAGAUGGUGGAUACGGCUGGGUAUGUGUAGGUGCCUGCUUCACGAUUAAUUGCUUUACGUGGGGCACGGUUUCAGCAUACGGCAUCUAUCUCUCGCAUUACCCAGUCGAAGACAUCUUCCCAGAUGCAUCUACCUGGGACUACGCCUUCAUUGGCGGCUUCAACUUCUCCAUAGCCAUGCUUAUCGCACCGGGCGUUACUAUCCUUGCCCGGAAUCUUGGAAUACACAUGACGAUGAUAUUCGGCUUAGUCUUCCAAAGCAGCGGCUUCAUCGCGGCCUCUUUUGCAACUCAGGUAUGGCAGCUGCACAUCUGCCAGGGCAUUCUUAUUGGCUGUGGCAUCAGCUUCUUAUAUGUCCCCAGCCUUCCCAUUAUCUCACAAUGGUUCCUUGAAAAACGCAGCUUAGCCAAUGGAGUUAGCGCUGCAGGUUCUGGGGUCGGCGGAGCUGCCUUUGCGUGGGGCACUGAGGCUAUCAUUCAGCGUUUCACUGUCGCUUGGGCACUACGCAUCACCGGAGUCAUUGCAUUUGUUGCCAAUCUCGCUGCGGUAACUGUAAUACGGGACCGAAACCACAUCAUCCAACCUUCUCAGCUGGGGUUUGACACCAAGCUCCUCAGACGUCAUGAUGUGCUGCUACUGCUUGCUUGGGCCUUCAUUAGCAUGCUAGGGUAUAUUGUCCUUCUCUUUUCCUUAUCCGAUUUUGCUUUAUCUAUAGGCCUCACUAGGGCCCAGGCUACCAGCGUGAUAGGGUUGUUAAAUGUAGGCACGGCAGUCGGACGACCAUUUAUUGGUAUAUUUAGUGACCGAUGGGGCCGUAUCAAUCUAGCAGGUGUUCUGACACUGUUAUGUGGUCUUGCAUGCUUUGGCUUUUGGCUGCCGGCUACGUCGUUCGCACUUACUGUGUUCUUUGCGAUCAUAUAUGGGGAUAUCGUUGGGGUCUUCUGGAUGACUAUAGGCCCGCUCUGCGUCGAGGUUGCUGGGAUAACAAACUUGCAAUCGCUGCUAUCUCUGUCUUGGGCAUCAGUUAUAGUUCCCACUACUGUCUCUGAGGGCGUCGCAUUAUCACUUCGACAACCUUCUUCCUCUCGUCAAUAUCUUCACACUCAAAUAUUUGCUGGACUUGCAUAUGUAAUUGCGAGUGGGUUCAUGUUUCAACUGCGCCGAGUGAAGAAUCGCCUAUCACGAAAUGACUUGACUUAG